GACAUGGCUUCACCUUCACACAAGAAGACAUCGUCUUCCAGGAGGGAUCGGAUCAGCGGCCUCCCAGACAACAUACUUGGCCACGUCCUCUCCUUCCUGCCAAACAAGGAGGCUGCACGCGCGGCCUUGCUGGCCCGCCGGUGGCGCCACGCCUUCGGCAGUGUCCACACGAUCUCGUUCGAGGAGGAAGAGGGGGAGAGGGAAGACGACUGGAUCACCUUUUACUACGAAUCCGAAGAGAGGAAAAGCUGCAGCAAAGGAAUCCUGGAUGGCAUAGGCGCAGCACUCUUGUGCCGCCGCCGGUGUGCUGGAGCCCUCCAGGUGCCGGUGCGCAGCUUCCACUUUGCCUUCGAUAGCUGGCACUGGUGGGACAAGGUCGCGAUCGACCAGUGGCUCGCCUACGUCCUGCCCCGUAGGGACUGUAACAGCCACCCGGGGCUCCACCUCGACCUACGCUUCCACAUCAGCUCGGUCUGUGCACUCAAUGAAAGGAAGAGAGAUGCUGGCAGCGAUUCCGACGACGACGGUCACGGCAAUAGGUGGAGGUAUCUCCUUCCAGAGAGGCUUUUUUCAUGCACUGCCCUACGGACACUGUGCAUCACCUAUUGCCGGUUGAAGCUACCUAAGAUAAAUGCCAUCGAUCUGCCUUUCCUCGACACAAUGCGCCUCACGGCCCUCGGCGACUCUGGGAGAAGCAUCCAGAGGCUGAUCUCGAGCUGUCCCCGUCUAGUUGACCUGACCCUUGAAGCCCUCUGGAACCUCAAAAGGGUCUCUGUUCUCGACAAAAGGCUCCUCCGACUCGCCAUACACUGCUGUCACAACUUAAAGUCUGUUGACAUUGACGCAUCAGAGCUGAGGUCGCUGGACUAUAGUGGUAGGGAGCCAGCGGAGUCAUUCCUGACUUUGCAUGGCUCACCGGCGACUACCACUUCGUGCACCAUCAGUCUAUGCAAAGCCCUCUCCAAGGAGGCAGAAUUUUCCAAGCUCACGAGUUUUCUUGAGGAAAUUUCUAAAGCAAAGCACCUGCAUCUGCACCAUGAGAGCUUUGAGAACAGGUUCUUCGACGUGGGGUUUCCUCUUUUCCCUAGCCUGACACGGCUCACACUGCAAGCUGGAUGUUCAGAAUGCUUUUCUUAA